GUGGGCUACAACGGCGAAGGCACAACUGUCAAAGUUGCCUCCUGCCCUUUGAUCACCGGCGGCAAGUGCCCAGAUCCAAGAGUUACCUUCUAUUUAUACACCCCGCUCAAUCCCACUCUCCCGGAGAAGAUCGAAUACACGGAGAAGUCAAGCAACCUCCUGCAGUUAAAUUUUAACACUUCGCUCCCUACGAAAAUUUUUACUCAUGGAUACAACUCGGGGAAGUUCAUCUUCGAUCAUCUUCGGAGAGAGUACCUGGAGCGCGGCGACUACAAUAUCAUCCUGCAGGACUGGGCGGACCUGGUGCCGAGCCCCUGCUAUUUCACGGCGGCGCACAACACGCGCUUCGCGGGCCGCUGCCUCGCCGAGAUUGGUGCGAGCGCGUGUGCGGCACCGUGCACGACGUGCACCUCGUCGCUUCAGCCUUGCGCGCACGUGCCCGCGUUCGCGGCCAACGACCUGCGGCCCCUGCCCCGUGCCGCGCAUCACGGUACGAAGCACACGCGGCGAGCCCCCCCCGCCCCCCCCGCCUCACAACGCCGACUAUCUCCUUUUCAGGCCUCCCCACAACUUCUGACUGUGCGUGUUCGACUUGACCCAUCCCCACCUCAGCCCGACGCUCUGUCCGCGCUUCCGUCCGCCCCGUCCGCGCUCCCGUCCGCGCUCCCGUCCGCGCUCCCGUCCGCGCUCCCGUCCGCGCUCCCGUCCGCGCUCCCGUCC